AUGGAAGGGGAAUCUUACCACAAUGCCACUACCGUCAAUGGCACCCCAGUGAAUCACCAGCCUUUGGAACGCCACAGGUUGUGGGAAGUCAUCACCAUCGCAGCUGUGACAGCUGUGGUGAGCCUGAUCACCGUCGUGGGCAACGUCUUAGUCAUGAUCUCUUUCAAAGUCAACAGCCAGCUGAAGACAGUUAAUAACUAUUACCUGCUCAGCUUAGCCUGUGCAGACCUCAUCAUUGGGAUCUUCUCCAUGAACCUCUACACCACGUACAUCCUCAUGGGACACUGGGCUCUCGGGAGUCUGGCUUGUGACCUUUGGCUCGCACUGGACUACGUGGCCAGCAAUGCUUCUGUCAUGAACCUUCUGGUGAUCAGUUUUGACCGAUACUUUUCUAUCACAAGACCCCUGACGUAUCGGGCCAAGCGUACCCCAAAGAGGGCCGGCAUCAUGAUUGGCUUGGCCUGGCUGAUCUCCUUCAUCCUCUGGGCCCCAGCGAUCCUCUGCUGGCAGUACUUGGUUGGGGAGCGGACGGUCCCACCAGAUGAGUGCCAGAUCCAGUUCCUCUCGGAGCCCACCAUCACUUUUGGCACUGCCAUCGCUGCUUUCUACAUCCCUGUUUCUGUGAUGACAAUCCUCUACUGCCGGAUCUACCGGGAAACAGAGAAGCGAACCAAGGACCUGGCCGACCUCCAGGGCUCUGACUGCGUGGCUGAAACUGAGAAGAGAAAGCCAGCUCACGAGGCUCUGCUCACGUCCUGCUUUAGCUGCUGCCCCCAGCCCACACUGGCCCAGAGGGAAAGGAACCAAGCCUCCUGGCCAUCCUCCUGCAGGAGCACCUCCGUCACUGGGAAGCCAUCCCGAGCCACUGGCCUGAGCACUGAGUGGGGCAAAGCUCAGCAGCUGACCACCUGUAGCAGCUACCCCUCCUCAGAAGAUGAAGACAAGCCCACCACUGACCCUGUCUUUCAAGUGGUCUACAAGAGUCAGGCCAAGGAAAGCCCAAGGGAAGAAUUCAGUGCUGAAGAGGUCAAGGAAACUUUUGUGAACGCUCAAACUGAAAAAAAUGACUAUGACAGCCAAAAAUACUUCCUGUCUCCAGCUGCUGCUCAUCGACCCAAGAGUCAGAAGGGCAUGGCCUAUAAGUUCCGACUGGUGGUGAAAGCUGAUGGGACCCAGGAUACCAACAACGGCUGUCGCAAGGUGAAAAUCAUGCCCUGCUCCUUCCCGGUGUCCAAGGACCCUUCAACGAAAGGCCUUGAUCCCAACCUCAGCCAUCAGAUGACCAAACGAAAGAGGAUGGUCCUCGUCAAAGAGAGGAAAGCAGCCCAGACCCUGAGUGCAAUUCUCCUGGCUUUCAUCGUCACGUGGACCCCUUACAACAUCAUGGUCCUGGUUUCCACCUUCUGCGACAAGUGUGUCCCAGUCACCCUGUGGCACUUGGGCUACUGGCUAUGUUAUGUCAAUAGCACUGUCAACCCCAUUUGCUAUGCCCUCUGCAACAGAACCUUCAGGAAGACCUUUAAGAUGCUGCUUCUCUGCCGAUGGAAAAAGAAAAAAGUGGAAGAGAAAUUGUACUGGCAGGGGAACAGCAAGCUCCCCUGA